AUGCAUCUUAUUAAAGAUUGUCCAAUUAUUAUUACAAAAGCUGCAUUCAAAGCAGAAGAAUUUAUUCGAAAAAAAAUCGAAUUAUUUACAAAAGAUUGCGAUCCAUUUUAUGCUGUUGAUUUGGAAGAUAUAUGCAACAAACAUGUUCGUUGGUUAACAGCAAUGCCAAGAGUUACACCACACUAUGCGGUAAAAUGCAACGAUGAUAUACUGGUUUUAAAAUUACUUGGAUUUCUCGGAGCUGGCUUUGAUUGUGCUAGUAAAACUGAAAUAAAGAAAAUUAUUGACCUGGGCAUUUCGUCUGAUCGUAUUAUCUACGCUAAUCCAUGUAAACAAUCGUCCUAUGUCCGUUAUGCAAAACAGGUGGGCGUUGAAACAAUGACAUUUGAUAAUGAACAAGAAUUAAUGAAAAUAAAAGAAAAUUAUUCUGAUGCCAAAGUGGUUCUUCGAAUUGUAACAGACGAUUCAAGUGCUGUUUGUCAAUUUUCAAUGAAAUUUGGUGCUGAUUUGGAAACAGCGCGUUUCUUAUUAGAAAAAGCAAAAGAAAUUGAACUAGACGUUAUUGGUGUUAGUUUUCACUGUGGGAGCGGACAAAUGACAAGUCAAGCAUUUGUAGAUGCAAUUAAAAAUGCACGAUCAAUAAUGAGUUAUGGUGAUAAAUUGGGUUUUGAUAUGAAAUUACUAGACAUCGGUGGUGGUUUCCCUGGGAACACUGGAACAGAUGAAUAUUUUACAGAAAUAGCUGUGGCAAUCAACAGAGCAUUGGAUGAACAUUUUCCUGUGCAAUCUGGAGUUCGUAUUAUCGCUGAACCUGGGCGCUAUUAUGUUGCAUCGGCAUAUACACUAGCAACAAACAUUAUUGCAACGCGCGAAAUGACUGAUCCAGCUACUAAUGAAAAAAAAUUAAUGUAUUAUGUUAAUGACGGUGUUUAUGGUUCGUUCAACUGUGUAUUGUACGAUCAUUAUAUUCCAGAGCCGACUCCAUUAAAAAAGGAUAUAUCUGGUAAACAGUAUACAUGUAGUAUAUGGGGUCCAACAUGUGAUGGUCUUGAUUGUAUAACGUCCUCAACGUGUUUACCAAAAUUAACAACUGAUGAUUGGAUAAUUUGGAAAAAUAUGGGUGCUUAUACAAUAUCAGGUGCUGUACAAUUUAAUGGUAUACCAUUCGGAAAACCAUUGUAUUUUAUGGCUAAACCAUUCUGGGAUAAUGUUAAACAAGCAUUUGAACAAAGACCAGUCCAAUAUACGCGUGCUUUGAAAUAUCGUAUGAAUAGUGAAUGUGGAAAUGAAGUUGAAGAUGAAAUGUUACCAUGGGAAGAUCUUGAAGAUUCAAUUUUACCUAGUAUACUUAUUUGA